AUGGUCCUGGAUGCCGUCCGCUGUUCACUGAGUGGGCUGAGCGCGUCGCUGCCGCUGGCAGAGCGGCUGCGCCUGCGUCUGGGCGUGCUUUCCACGGAGGAGCGGCUCCGCCAAGCGGAGGCCAAGCUCCUGCAGAACGUGUCCAAGGUGCACAUCUCAGAGGUGCCGGUGGGCCAGGGCGAGACCAUCCACACCUUGAGCCUGGCCAAGUCCGGCGCCGCCGGCCUGGCGCCGGUUCUGCUGAUCCACGGCUACUUCAUGGGUUCCGCCAGCUGGGCGCAGAGUAUGGAGCCCUUGACCACGAGCGGGCGCUCCGUGCACGCCAUCGACUGGCCUGGCUGGGGGCUUUCAACCAGGAACAACUUUUCAGAAACGCAGGGCGCUGAGGCCUGUGAGGACUUCUUCGUCGAAGGCAUCGAGCAUUGGCGGAGAGCCAUGGGGCUGGAACGGGUGGUUUUGUUGGGCCACAGCUUUGGGGGCUACUUCGCAGCCUGCUACGCCAUGAAGUACCCCCAGCGCGUGGAGUCCUUGAUCCUCGCCAGCCCUGUGGGCAUGCUUCCCAAGAGCCCCGAUGCCGGAUUCACGGAGGAGCGGCUGCAGUCGAUGGCAUGGUGGCAGAGGAUCUUGCUGCUGCGCGUCCAGAAGAUGUGGGAGGCAGGUUGGACCCCCAUGGACUUCGUCCGCGCCUUGGGGCCCUUGGGCGCAUGGCUCACCAGCUGGUACAUGGAUCGCCGGUUCUCCCGGCCCCGGGCGCUUGGUCUCCUGGGCCAAUUGGACGCGGAGGCAAGCGCGGAGUAUUUGCACCGCCUGGCUCAGCGAAGAGGAUCAGAACAGUGCCUGGGCCAGCUGCUGGACUUCGGGGCCUGGCCGAAACUUCCGCUGGCGCCACGCCUGGCGCGGCGCCUGGCGGAGGCGGAAUCGGCGGUGCCGGUGACGCUGCUCUACGGGCAGCAGGACUGGAUGGAUGUGAAUGGCGGAGCUUGGCUCGCCCGGCAGCUGCGUGAUGAGACUCAGAUCAUCGUGGUGGAAAACGCGGGGCACCAGCUCUUCCUGGACAACCCCCAGGGAUCUCCAAAGAACGAGGAGUACACGUCCCGUGUCGCGGGCACCAUGUCCAGGCUGGUGGCGGCGGCAGAGGUUCUCUUGGCAGUGCGCCAGCGCACCUUGAGGGCCUUGGAAGAGCUGAACGAGCAGCUCACCAAGCAGUGGUUCCGUGUGAACUCCGGGAACACCGUGGCGGCAGGCCUCGCAGUGGCCUCCUUCGGCUCGCUCUUCGUGGCGCCGCCCAUGGGCGUGGCGCUGGGCGCCUCCAGCGCCGCCAUGGGCCUCGGCAGCCGCACCGGGGACGCCGUGGCGGAGGCGGACAAGGGCCGGAGCCUUGCCAAGCUCAUGGAGGUGGACUCCACAGAGCAGCUCGCCUUCGAGUCCGUGGAGUCGGAGUUGCGCUGCGUCCUCGCCCGCGCGGCGGCGGCCGCCAAGCAGCGCCAGACCGCGCCCAAGGCGGCGGCCCUCGCGGCGUACGCCCAGACGGCGAAUUUGGUGCUGGUGCGUUCGGCCAAGUACAUCGCGCUGAGCCAGGCGGGGGCCGAGGGCGUGGCAUUGGCCGGGCGGCUGCUGGGCGGCGUGGGCGCCGGCCUGGCGGUGGGGGUGGCGGUGCACGGAUGGUCCACCCUGAAGCCUAUGCAGAAGCUGGUGAAGGAGAAGAUCGACGAGAUCCAGAGGUCCAUGGAGUAUCUGGAAGGCCUGCGGAAGCAGAUGUGCAGCGCCUUGGUUUGCCCCGGCUGCGGGGAGGCCUUGUCCUUCGGGCGCGAGGAUUUGCGGCGCUGCAGCCGCUUCCAUUGCUUCCAUGCCAGAUGUGUGGAGCAGGAGCCCAGCUGCCCGCAGUGUUUGGACCCCGUGGCGAAGGUGAAGAGCAGCGACCAGCUGAAUGCGCUGCUGUGGCUCGCCGGGCUCCGCGACUUCUGCGCGGUGACUUUGGAGGCCUUGGGCCCGCAGCUGCAGAAGGCCAACGACCGGCUUCAGCGCCUGGCCGCAGAGGAUGUGCGAGGCCUCUUCAUGAAGUCGGCGCCGGAGGACUGGUGGAGAGUCCUUCUUCCUUCAGCAGCAGCCCAAAAAAGAUGGACGAGGCC